AUGAAGGGUGAAGCUGGAAGUGUGCUACACAAUGAGAAAUCGAAGCAGGAGGGACACAUCUGGGGCUCUAUGAGGAGGACGGCUUUCAUCCUGAGCUCUGGCCUUCUCUUGUUUGUGGCCUUAUGGAACUCAGUUACAUGGCAUCUACAGAGAUUUUGGGGUGCUUCCGGCUUCUUCUGGCAAGCCCAGUGGGAAAGGCUACUGUCUACAUUUGAAGGGAAAGAAUGGAUCCUUUUCAUUGUAGGUGCCUCCCAAGUGCCAUUUCUAUUCUUCUGGAGCUUCAAUGGGCUUCUACUGGUGGUUGACACAACUGGAAAACCUAACUUCAUUUCUCGCUACCGAAUUCAGAUUGGCAAGAAUGAACCAGUGGAUCCUGUGAAACUACGCCAGUCUAUCCGCACAGUUAUCUUCAACCAGUGUGUGCUCUCUUUCCCCAUGGUGAUCUUCCUCUAUCCCAUCCUCAAAUGGUGGGGUGAUCCCUGCCGCCGAGAGUUACCCACCUUUCACUGGUUCCUCCUGGAGCUGGCAGUCUUCACCCUGAUCGAGGAAAUCAUGUUCUACUACUCGCACCGGCUCCUUCACCAUCCAGCACUCUAUAAGAAAAUCCACAAGAAACACCAUGAGUGGACAGCUCCCAUUGGUGUGAUCUCUCUUUAUGCCCACCCUGUAGAGCAUGUGGUCUCCAACAUGCUGCCAGCAAUGCUGGGUCCCAUAGUAAUGGGCUCCCACUUGUCAUCCAUCAUCAUUUGGUUCUCCUUGGCCCUCAUCAUCACCACCAUCUCCCACUGUGGCUACCACUUACCUUUCCUGCCUUCACCCGAAUUCCACGACUACCACCAUCUCAAGUUCACCCAGUGCUAUGGAGUGCUGGGAGUGCUGGACCACCUCCAUGGGACCGACACCUUGUUUAAGCAGACCAAGGCAUAUGAGAGACAUGUCCUCCUGCUGAGUUUCACCCCGCUCUCUGAGAGCAUCCCCGACUCCCCAAAGAAGAUGGAGUGAGGGAGGGUCCUAGUGCCAUCCUUGCUGUCCCCUCAGCAGUGGGCUGCCAAGGUAGCCUGUGUCCUGAUGAUCACAACUGACAACUUGCUUCCAAUAGCCACACACUCAUUAUUAUGCCAUCA